AUGUUUGCCUCGCCUGCGCACCACACUUAUAAGCCAGGCUCCCGGCUUCUUCCCGAAGCUUUUUCCGGCUUCUCUUCACCCCGAUCUCCUGAGGGUCCAAACGUGGGCAGGAUGGAACAAGUGGGGAUCUUCUCCUCCAAGCCGGCCGAACCAGUUGUCUACAAAGUCAAAGUGACGACCGGGCAAGGUCUCCUGACUGGGACCUUUGACUCCAUUUCCAUCACCUUGGUGGGGACCAACGGGGAGAGUGCCAAGCAACUUCUGAACCGGGUCGGAACCAGUUGUGCCAAGGGAUCGGUAAGCUCUGGGGUUUGGCGGUUCGGGGAGAGGGUGGUCCCCCAACUUCCCAGAACAAAUAGCAUCUCCUUUUGCAAACGUGUUACGGAUGACCUUAAGGGAGCUUUCAUCGCUAAGCAGCUAUGAUUAAACAAACAACAAUAAAACAAAUUGCUUCUAAGUUUUUAAUUCACGCGCGAUUGACAAUAAGCCACAAAUGACACCUCCGGGACCAAAACGAAUUUGCAGGAGAGCUCAAAUUAAUAUCCGGGUAUCCUUUGGAGUCCGACAUUUCGCAAUGUUUAGCUUUCGAAUCCUGAUCGGAAAACUCGACCAAAGAACUCUCUCGUUUCGCUAUACACAUAGCAGCCGGAAAGGUUUGUGCUGAACGUCAGGUUUUUGGGGUGAAAAACGGGGGGACGAUCUCCGCGUGGCUACUUAAUUUUGCGUUUCAGAUGCAAGGAGUCUGCCCAAAAAUGCUGAAGGCCUUUAAAUCUAAAUUGAUCCGGCCUCGCUUGUGGUUACUGGGACUCGGGGCAGUGGCCUUCAGACUUGGGGACCUAGGAGGCUGAAUUAUACUGAGCCAGACCCGUGGUCCAUUUAGGUCAAUAUUGUUUACACUGGCUGGUAGCAACUCUCUAAGAUUUCAGAUGGGACCUCUCCCAGCCUUACCUGGAGAGGCUGGGGAUUAAAUCAGGGACUUUCUGCAAGCCUUCUUCUCCUCGGAUAUUUUCACACAAAUCAGUAGGAACCUUUUGCACCCUCUUCCACUAGUGUGAAUGUUGUUAAGUAGAAGAGAAAGAGAGAGAUAUUUUUAAAUGGAUGUAUAUUCUCUCCAAUAAGGGAUGUGGGUGGCGCUGUGGGUUAAACCACAGAGCCUAGGACUUGCCGAUCAGAAGGUCGGCAGUUCAAAUCCCCGCGACAGGGUGAGCUCCCGUUGCUCGGUCCCUGCUCCUGCCAACCUAGCAGUUCGAAAGCACGUCUAAGUGCAAGUAGAUAAAUAGGUACCGCUCCAGCGGGAAGGUAAACAGCGUUUCCGUGCGCUGCUCUGGUUCGCCAGAAGCGGCUUAGUCCUGCUGGCCACAUGACCCGGAAGCUGUACGCCGGCUCCCUGGGCCAGUAAACCGAGAUGAGUGCCGCAACCCCAGAGUCAGCCACGACUGGACCUAAUGGUCAGGGGUCCCUUUACCUUUACCUAUUUUCUCCAAUAUAGAUAAAUAAAACCUAUCAAAGUCAAUGGGCCUAAGUUAGCCACGAUGACCAUGAAUUCCAGUGGGGUCUACCCUGCGUGGAACUGACAUUGGAUAUGGUCCAGGAACUGCAUAACUUGCCAUACCACAAAUAACUUAUUUAUAUUAUUGGUUGCAUUUAAAAUUAUAGCGUUGGAAGGGACCGUGAGGGUCAUCUAGUCCAAUGCAGGAAUCUUUUGCCCCAAGUGGGACUCGAACCCACAACCCUGAGCUUACGAACCUCAUGCUCUGCUGACUGAGCUAUCUGGUGGGCUAUAUCGCACCUUUAUCUCUGAGGAGCUCAAUUGUGGCCUCAGUUGUGAAAUGCAACUAACCAUGGGCGAUAUCAUCUGCUCAACUGGAUGGUAUGCGCAGACAGGGCACAGGACAAGGGUCUGCUAAGAGGGCGUGAGAGCAAGGUUGUGUUGCAUUGACAAAGGGUAAGUCUAACUCUGCCGCCCGAGGCAGCUUGCCUCUGAAUAUCCCUCGCUGGGAAUCGCAAGCCAGAAGAGAACACUGCUGUUGAACCUCAGGUCCUGCCUGGGGCUUCGCAGAAGAGGCACCAUCUGGUUGGCCACUGUGAGAACAGGAUGUGGGACCUGAAUGUAAGGAGCUGGCCCAAAGUUGAAGAAAUGAACUCAGUAUCUCACUGAGGUCUAGAAACUUGGUUAGUCUGCAAAUUGGCAGGUGUGUCACUCAAUUACUUCUCGCUCCCUGGCGAUUUGAUGACUGUAAGAAGUGACUCAAAGGCACAUGGCAAGUUGCCUUAGAUCACGCCAAGCUAUUGACUCCUCAGACUGGUGGCGGCUGUAUGGAUCGUGGCCCGAGAGAGAGACCUUCCCCAGGACCUGUUGCUUGAUGCUAGAGAUGCUGGUGGUGGGCAGGGGGCCUUCCAGAUGCGAAUCACAUGCUCUCUGUGACUGAGCGUUGUGUCCUACCCUUCCAUAGCUCAGUCAGUAGAGGAAGCCUUGAUUAACUGUUGCUGUUGUUGUUUAGUCGUUUAGUCGUGUCCGACUCUUCGUGACCCCCUGGACCAGAGCACGCCAGGCCCUCCUGUCUUCCACUGCCUCCCGCAGUUUGGUCAAACUCAUGCUGGUAGCUUCGAGAACACUGUCCCACCAUUCUCAUCCUCCGUCGUCCCCUUCUCCUUGUGCCCUCCAUCUUUCCCAACAUCAGGGUCUUUUCCAGGGAGUCUUCUCUUCUCAUGAGGUGGCCAAAGUCUUGGAGCCUCAGCUUCAGGAUCUGUCCUUCCCGUGAGCACUCAGGGCUGCUUUCCUUAAGAAUGGAGAGAUUUGAUCUCCUUGCAGUCCAUGGGACUCUCAAGAGUCUCCUCCAGCACCAUAAUUCAAAAGCAUCCAUUCUUUGGCGAUCAGCCUUCUUUAUGGUCCAGCUCUCCCUUCCACACAUUACUACUGGGAAAACCAGAGCUUUAACUAUACGGACCUUUGUUGGCAUAGUUAAAGCUAUGGUUUUCCCAGUAGUGAUGUAUGGAAGGGAGAGCUGGACCAUAAACUACAGGGCCCAGAAUCCUUUGAGAGAAAGAAUGGGCUUGGAAUGGGCUUUAAAGGCAUAGCGCGCUGGCAACCCAACACUCCUGUGUUUAUUGACUUCCGAUUUUAAGCUAUUCCACAGGCAUUUGGCUAUGUCUAGUUUAAAACUAUAUUAUUAAAAAUCACCUCUUCACUCCUGGCAAUGGGUAGGUAACAUGAGAAACGGGGAUUAUUGCUUUGCUCUGUUUCAGCUGUUUAUUUUGUGCUUUUUGUCUUCUGAACUGCUCUGAGAUCUUUGAAUGAAGGGCAGUAUAUAAAUUUUAACAACAACAACAACAGAGUCCUGCUGGACCAGGCCUAUCUAGUCUAGCAUCCUGGUAGACAUCGAUAACCAUCUCUUCCAUGAGUUUGUCUAAUCCUCAUAUAACCCUUCCAUAAUGAUGGCCAUCGGAAAUAAUUGUAGGGUAAUAAUAGGUUGUAUCAAAUGUUAGUCCUACCGAGAGUAUGCAGAUGGAACUCAAUGGACAUGAUUAACCGGGGCCAAUUCAUUUCAUCGGAUCUACUCUGAGUAGGAGGGACGCGGGUGGUGCUGUGGGUUAAAUCACAGAACCUAGGACUUGCUAAUCAGGAGGUCGGCAGUUCGAAUCCCCACAACGGGGUGAGCUCCCGUUGCUCGGUCCCUGCUCCUGCCAACCUAGCAGUUCGAAAGCACAUCAAAGUGCAAGUAGAUAAACAGGUACCACUCCAGCGGGAAGGUAAACGGCAUUUCCAUGCACUGCUCUGGUUCGCCAGAAGCGGCUUAGUCCUGCUGGCCACAUGACCCGGAAGCUGUAUGCUGGCUCCCUCGGCCAGUAAAGCGAGAUGAGCGCCGCAACCCCAGAGUUGGCCAUGACUGGACCUAAUGGUCAGGGGUCCCUUUACCUUUACUCCGAGUAGGACUUAGUUGGAUACAGCCCAAUCUCAGAGUAUUUACUGAUGAUGGCUCUUCAGAAAUGCUUCUGAUAGUUGGAUAUGUUUUUUGGAAGUCUAACCUGUUUGGCCUUUGUUUCAAAUCGUAUGGGUGAAGGAAAAAGGGGAGGUGUUGGAGAUCUCUGGAAACAGAAUUGAAGUUCACAUUUGAAACUGACAGAAUAUAUAUAUAUAUAUAUAUAAAAUAUUUUUUAUUAAUUUUAACAUAUAAAUUAUAAUACAUGCCACAAAACUUCACCACUUAUACAAUCUUUUUUGGACUUCCAUCAGCACCUCUGAUGAUCCACCGUUUUAACCACUUCUUAUGCAUUUCUUAAAUUCAUAUUGCCUUUGAUUAUCUUAACUAACAAUCCUCCCCUUUAUCCAUUUUUGCAAUAGUUCCAAUAAUUCACCUCACAAAACAUCUUGCAAACCUACAAACAUAGUCUACAAACAUCAUCACAAUUACAUUUCAAAUAGUCUGUAAAUUUACACCAGUCUUCUGUGAAUUUCUGGUCCCGCAGAUUUCAAACCCUUCCUGUUAGUUUAUCUAGUUCUGCAUAGUCCAUUAAUUUCAUCCUCCAUUCUUCUUUCGUUGGUAAUUCUUCUUGCUUCCAUUUUUGUGCCAAUAAUAUUCUUGCUGCCAUCGUUGCAUAUAAAACCAGCUUACAUUCUUUUCUAUUUAUAUCACUUCCUACAAUGCCCAGUAAAAAUGCUUCUGGUUUCUUUAUAAAUGUAUAUUUCAACAUUUUUUUCAUCUCAUUAUAUAUCAUUUCCCAUAAGCUUUUCACUUUUUUACAUUCCCACCACAUGUGAUAAAAUGUUCCUUCUUUUUCUUUACAUUUCCAACAUUUAUUACUAACUUUAUACAUGUUAGCUAAUUUAACGGGUGUAAUAUACCAUCUAUACAUCAUUUUCAUCACAUUUUCUCAUAAGGCAGAAACUCACAGAAAUCUUAGCAUUGUAGAGUUGGACAACUGCAAUGCGGGAAUUGCAGCUACAGAAUCGCCGUGAUUCUCAUGCUUGCAUUCUGGACAACUCAAAACCGAAAUGCUUUUGAAGGGGGAUCCUGUCAACUGCCUUUGUACAUUCCUGUCCAUUUCCUUCACAAAAAGAGAAUGGGAAAUGGCUGCAUUCUUCCAGGGCCUGCUGAAGGCAUCGCAAGGGUUUCCUGUCUGUCUCAAUGCAGGCGCUAGUUGACUCAGCAUCGCUGGUUGUGUUAUCCGCCAAUUACUGUUUUUGGGAAACGUUGAGUUUAAUUUGGCACGCAUUCUAAGCCCUUAAUUGAAUUGUCACAGCCCGUCCUCCUAGCAGCCGGUCUUUGACACACGCUUCCAUUCUCCUUUUUUCCCUUCCUUACGCCCACGUGCACCAAAGAUUCACAUAUCUGAUUACUCGCAUCUUUCAGCUGACGCAACAAGGCACUUUUGGUUGCUGCUGUUGCAAAGUUCAGCCACGGAAAUCUGAAAGAGGCUCCCAGGGAAUACACGAAUCACACCGCUUGUUUUAAACUGUCUAUGGAUGUGUGUGUGAUGGGGAAGAGAGAUGCAAAUAAUUAGAAGUUUUUAAAUUGUGCUUGUCAUGGAGCAAGCAGAGAGAGAGAGAAGAGUUUUUCUGCCUUUCUCGUAACAUCAACGAAGCUGAAUGUUAGGAGAUUCAGGUCUGAUAAAGAGAAACGCUUCUUUCAGUGCAUGUUUUAAGUAUGGAAUUUGGACUGCUUGAAAAGAGAGCUAGAUAAAUCCACAAAGGGCAAGUCCAGUGCUGGAUUUAGGUAUAAGCUAAACAAGCUAUAGCUUAGGGCCCCACUCUCUUGGGGCCCCCAAAAAAAUUUAAAGGAAAAAAUUAACAACUGGAUGCACAUUUCCAGAAUAUAAGAUACAAAACAAAUAAAAUAAAACCUGCAUACAGCAACAGUGUUUUGUGUUGUGUAGGCUCCUAUGAUGUAAGUAAUGGGCCCCGCUUGCUAGCCUGCUCCCUAAAUAUCACUGGUUUGCUCAUUUCUUUAUAUAGGGUGCCUACAUUCUGCAUGCGCAAAUGGCUUUAGAUACCUAUGAGGUCCAUAAAUGACCAUAUAGGUAAUGGUAAAGAGACCCCUGACCAUUAGGUCCAGUCGUGACCGACUCUGGGGCUCAUCUCGCUUUAUUGGCCGAGGGAGCCGGCGUACAGCUUCCGGGUCAUGUGGCCAGCAUGACUAAGCCGCUUCUGGCGAACCAGAGCAGUGCACAGAAACACCGAUUACGUUCCCGCCGGAGCGGUACCUAUUUAUCUACUUGCACUUUGACGUGCUUUCGAACUGCUAGGUGGGCAGGAGCAGGGACCGAGCAACGGGAGCUCACCCCGUCAUGGGGAUUCGAACCGCCGACCUUCUGAUCGGCAAGUCCUAGGCUCUGUGGUUUAACCCACAGCGCCACCCGCGUCCCAAAUGACCAUAUAGCAUAUAUUCAACACAAAAAAUAGUAAAAUUUGUUGUUGACAAAGGACAGCUAGACACAUAAAGGGCCCCAUUACCUUCAGUAGCUUAGGGCCUCGUCAAACCUAAAUCCAGCCCUGGGUAAGUCUAUGGAUGGCUCCUAGCCACGAUGGCUGCUCUUGUGUUCAAAUCCUGCUUGCUGGUUUCCCAUAAUGGGCAUCUGGUUGGCCACUGGGAGAACAAGACGCUGGACUAGGUGGGUGUCAUUGCCCUGAACCAGUAGCAGACUCAUCUUAUAGAAUCGCAGGCCUGUAGAGUUGGAGGGGUCCCAUGUGCCAUCUAGUCUGACCCCAUCCACAAAGCAGGAAUCGCAACAAAAAAAUAUAUCUGAUUUUUUGCUUUGUCUUGCUGCAGCGUUACAGAUCUGGAGAUAGGUGCUCCAGUGUCAACCACAACACAAGAGAGUCUGGUUUGCUACACACAUUUAUGGGCACAUGGACUUUUUUAUUUGAAAACUAUAGAGAGGCGGAAAUAGCAUUCCUUUCCUUACGCUUCUGCUAUGGCGGAAAUCAUGAGCUUUCUGGUAUAGACCGGAGCUAAUUUGGCAGCCCUUGGACUGGUGAUUUGAGGCCACCAAUUUUCUCUGCUUUGCUAGUGAGUCAGUGUUGCUUCCCAGCCUGUCACAUUGAUGGAAACUGGCUUGGCAAGGGUGCAAUCAGGGCACACAUCUUAAUGCGUUACGGACUAAAUCACAUGAAUACCUGGAGAUCUUUGAUCUCUUCCCCUGCCAUUGCAAAGAGCCUGAUGUAACCAAGAUAGCCAAGGCGUGUUGAGCAAACACAGGUCUCGUGGCUGAGUAGUGCAUCUGUGUGUGUGUGUGUGUGUGUGGCCGCUGGGGGCGGGAUGAAUGAACUUCGGUGGUACCAUGGAAUGCUCACCAACAUUCCAGCUGCCAUCGCAGAAUGUUAAUGGAGCACGAUUGCCACGAAGGAAGUGGAUAUAAUUUCGAGAAGUAUGUCACAGAAGCGUGGGAAGGGCUGUGUGCUGUAAACAGGUCAGGGAAGCUUGGGUGUUGAGGGACUGCGAACCAGGAAGAUAUUUCAGCAGGAUUCUGUAGUGGAAUAUUCAUUCCACAUCUACAUUUGCUUGCAUGUCUCUUUGGCAGGGGUAGGCAAACUAAGGCCCAGGGGCCGGAUGCGGCCCAAUUGCCUUCUAAAUCCGGCCCGCAGACGGUCCGGGAAUCAGCAUGUUUUUGCAUGAGUAGAAUGUGUCCUUUUAUUUAAAAUGCAUCUCUGGGUUAUUUGUGGGACCUGCCUGGUGUUUUUACAUGAGUAGAAUGUGUCCUUUUUAUUUAAAAUGCAUCUGUGGGUUAUUUGUGGGGCAUAGAAAUGCGUUCAUUUCCCCCCCAAAAAAUAUAGUCCGGCCCCCCACAAUGUCUGAGGGACACUGGACCGCCCCCCUGCUGAAAAAGUUUGCUGACCCCUGCUCUUGGGUAUUUCCAAAUUUUAUCGGGCAAAAUAUUCCUGCAUUGCAGAGGGUUGGACUAGAUGACCCUCGGGGUCCCUUCCAACUCUAGGAUUCUGUGAUCUCCUGGCAAGGCUGGGAGAGCUUCCUGUCUGAGGUCUUGGGAAGCUGCUGCCAGUGCUGAGUUAAAUGGAAUUCUACGAUUCCACUUACUGGAGUUUUUUUAUAUUGAGCUUCAGCCAAGGAGGCUCCAGGCCGUAUGUGUGGAUUUCCUCCCAUCCCUCCCCUCCAUUUUGCCACCACAACAACCCUGCGAGGUAGGUAGCUCUGCCUGGAAUAAAUUUAAGGCUCGAGACCACACACACAAAAUUUCGCAGCGGGAAAGUGGGUGGAAGAUGGAUCUCUCCAGUCUAAGGGUUGGUGGCCCAAGAUACUUUGCUGCCUGAGGCGCACCAGAAAAUGGGGACUUGCGCUACCAAAAUCUCCACCCCUGCGGCACACACAAACACACCAAGCCAAGCUGCAUUAGAGGCUAUCCCAGGCCAUAGCUGCCAACUGUCCCUUAUUUGGCGGGAAAGUCCCUUAUCCCAGCGCCAUGUCCCGCUGCUGUCCCUUAUUGAUGAUGUCCCUUAAAUUUCCCAGGUUUCAAAGGAAGCAGCUCCUCUCCCUCCCUCCCUGCCGGCCAGGGAGGAGGGAGGCUCCAACUGUGUUGCUUGGCUGCGUUGCUCACCCAAUAAGGAGUCUAAGAACGACUUAGGGGUGGAGCUUGCAUGCCUUGUGCCGAUCAAAUCGGCCGCGUUGCCUGGGGACUCGCCUUUGCUCAGCGCUUCCCAGCGGAGAGGGGACGGUGGUUUUCCUUGCUGCAUCCCCUUUGCCGGGUUGCUGCGCUGUGGGAACCACCGCUUGAGGCUUCGUUUGGCUGCUGGCUGGGCUUUCUGCCUUUGGCUCAGAGGGGCUCAGAAGUUUAACAUACCUGUGCUUGGAAAAUCCCUUAUUUUGGCUGCUGAUCCCUUAUUUUCGAGGCUGCUGGUCCCUUAUUUUCAAAUCUGUAAGUUGACAGCUAUGUCCCAGGCCAACCAACUUAUAACGACAACUGAGGCCAAAAAGCACCUCUCCGGCUACAAAACUACAACAACACAACUUGAAUAUCUAAAGAAUUUGAUGCCCACUAUUGCCUGCCUGAUUCAGCUGCCUCAAUCUGCCUAAUGGCAGGAGUGGCUGUCCGCAGUCUUAAUUCGGUAAUCUACCAGCUACUCUUAACUGGUUCACAAUAAUUGCUUUAAGGCGGGUGCGGAGAACUGAGGUGAACUUGGAUUAGGCCAUGUAACCGUUUGUUCACUGGUUGGCAACCGUCUGCCUCGGGAGACAAUGGAAGAUCAUAAAUAUAUAUAUAUAUAUAUAUAUAUAUAUAUAUAUAUAUAAUUAUUUGGUUUUAUAGAUAUCAAAUGAAAACAAUAGUAUACUCAAAUUUUUGAGAUUCCCCUGAGUCUCCCGGCUUUCCUCCAUCCCCUCCAUGGACCCUACUGUCAUCGUUUUCAACGGCAUAUUAUUUCAUCCUCUAUAUUUUAAAUCUGUCUGUAUUGUCCAAAGUUUUUGUUACAUUAUAAAAGUUAAAGGUAAAGGACCCCUGGAUGGUUAAGUCCAGUCAACGGCGACUAUGGGGUUGUGGCGCUCAUCUCGCUUUCAGGGCGAGGGAGCCGGCGUUUGUCCACAGACAGCUUUCCGGGUCACGUGGCCAGCAGGACUAAAUGCUUCUGGCACAAUGGGACAUCGUGAUGGAAACCAGAGCGCACGGGAAUGCUGUUUACCUUCCCGCCGCAGCUGUAUUUAUUUAUCUACUUGCACUGGUGUGCUCUUGAACUGCUAGGUUGGCAGGAGCUGGGACCGAGCAACGGGAGCUCACGCCGUCGCAGGGAAUCGAACCGCCAACCUUCUGAUCAGCAAGCCCAAGAGGCUCAGUGGUUUACACCACAGCGCCACCCGAAUCCCUGCAAGUGUUAUUCAAAACCUGCAAUUGUUUUCAUUCAUCUCUCAAAUACAUUGUAAAUCUUUCCCAUUCUUUUUUGAAACUUUUGUCCUCUUGGUUUCUGAACUUUCCAGUCUUUUUUGCCGUUUUGGUGUAUUCCAGCAACUUGAUUUGACCUUCAUCUCUUAUAUAGGGAUUUCUAUCUUCUUUCUAUUUUUGGGCUAAAAGCAUCCAUGCAGUCGUCGUUGCAUGCAUGAAAAGUCUUUUCUGAUCUUUGGGUCUUUAUCUUCCUGUUAUCUGUACAACUUGUGCCACCCAACCUUUAAAAAAAGCUUCAGGUUUAAUUAUAAAAGCUAUUUUAAACAUUUUCCCCCCAUUUCAUUACACAUCAUUUCCCAGAAGGUUUUUAUUACACGCCCACCACAUAUGAUGAAAGUUGCCUUCUUGUUCUUUACAUUUCCAACAAAUAUUUGUACUUGUCCUGUGCAUUUUUGCUAAUUUAGUAGAACUCAGAUACCAUCUAUACAUCAUUUUCAUAUAGAUUUCUUUCAAGGUACAACACGCCAAAAAUUUUAAAUGCGUUUUCCAUAACUUUUCCCAAGCGGUUAAUUGAAUAUUAUGUCCCAAAUCUCUCGCGCAAUGUAUCAUUACUGAUUUAACCUGUUCAUCCUUUGUGUGCCAUUCUAAAAUUAAUGUAUACAUUUUCAAAAGGAAUUUUACAUUAUUUUCUAACAUCUUUUUCUAAUCUUGACGCUUCACAACUGAAUCCUUUCUUUUUAUCUGUCUUAAAAGUCUCAUUUAAUUGGUGAUACUGUAACCAAUCAGUUAAUAAAUGCCUUAUCUCUCCAAAAUCCUUCAGUUUCACCUGAUGUUUUACUUCAAUUAACAGCUCUAUAUAAGUCACCCAUUCAUUUCUCAUCUUUACUUUUUUCGGAGAUAUUGCUUCAAUUGGGGAAAGCCACCAUGGUGUUUUCUGUUCUAGUAAAGGAAAUUGAUUUCCUUACUAGAUUAUUCUGAAAACCUUUAUGUGCUUUUGCUUUUUCAUACCAUAGAUAUGCAUGCCAUCCAAAUCUAUUAUCAUGUCCUUCCAAAUCUAAAACAUCUACAUUUUCCAAUAAUAUCCAUUCCUGGAGCCAGCAGAGACAAGACGCCUCAUAAUAUAGUUUUAAAUCUGGCAAGGCGAAGCCCCCUCUUUCUUUAGCACCUGUUAACAAUUUAUAUUUUAUUCUUGGUUUCUUCCCCUGCCAGAUAAAUCUUGUAAUAUCUUUUUGCCAUUAUUGGAAGCGUCCAGCGCCGCUGACCACAGGUAUUGAUUGGAAUAAAAACAUUCUUGGCAAUACAUUCAUUUUUAUAACUGAUAUUCUUCCCCAUAAUGAUAGGUUCAUCCUUCCCCAAAUCUCUAAGUUUCUCUUUAUCUCUAUGUAGUUCUCUUUAAAAAUAUUAAUAUUCUUAGCUGUCAACCAAACACCUAAAUAAUUGACUUUUUUUCUCUAUACAUAUGCCCGUAGUUUGUUGUAAGUCCUUCUUAUAUUGUUCUGUCACAUUUUUCACCAAAACUUUAGUUUUGUUUUUAUAUAGCUUAUAAGCUGCUACCUGGCCAAAUCCCUGGACCUUCUACACAACUUUUGGUAUACUACUCUUGAGAUGUUCCACCGUAAUCACAAGGUCAAGGUAAAUUUAACGCACAUGACUCCCCCACAAAGAAUCCUGGGAACCGUAGAUUGUUAAUUGCUGGGAACUGUACCUCUGCGUGUGAAAUUCCUUUUUUUGUGGGCUGGGCUGUGUGGGAUGCGCUUUAAGGGACUGAUUAUUUAUUAUUAUUAUUUAUUCAAUUUAUACCCUGCCCUGUACCCAGAGGUCUCACGGCGGUUCACAAACAAGACCACAACAUAUAAAAUCAAACCAAAAACUAACUCAUUUUUUUAAAAAAACCCCAAAAGAGCCACAUUCUAAAAGGGAUGCCAAUAAGAUCAACCAAAGGCCUGGUUAAAAAGCAACAUUUUUGCCUGGCGCCUAACGAAGGCGCCAGGUGAACUUCCCUGGGUAGAGCAUUCCACAGACGGGGAGCCACUGCAGAGAAGGCCCCGUUCUCGUCUUGCUACCCUCCGGACCUCUGAAGGAAGAGACACAAGAAGAAGGGCCUCAGAAGACGAUCUCAGGGUCUGGGUAGCUUCAUAUGGGAAGAGGCGGUCCUUGAGGUAUUGCGGUCCUGAGCUGUUUAUGUGCUCAAUUGAUCUGGAUCGUAAGGUAGGUAAAGGUAAAGGAACCCUGGACGGUUAAGUCCAGUCAAAGGCGACUAUGGGGUUGCGGUGCUCAUCUCGCUUUCAGGCCGAGGGAGCUGGCAUUCGUCCGCAGACAGCUUUCCGGGUCAUGUGGCCAGCAGGACUAAACUGCUUCUGGUGCACCGGGACACUGUGACAGAAACCAGAGCGCACGGAAUCGCCAUUUACCUUCCUGCCACAGUGGUACCUAUUUAUCUACUUGCACUGGCGUGCUUUCGAACCGCUAGGUUGGCAGGAGCUGGGACAGAGCAACGGGAGCUAACCCCGUCGCAGGCAUUCAAACCGCCGACCUUCCAGUCGGCAAGCCCAAGAGGCUCAGUGGUUUAGACCGCAGCGCCACCCACGUCUGGAUCGUAAUCAAUUCUAGGAAGGCCCAUUUUGUCACACACACAUUCAAACCACGCUGCCUCGCAACAGGAAGAAAUUAAAGAGGUCAAUUGAUCCAUUCUGGGAAUGUUGGAUUCCAGCCUGAUUGGCAGAGGAGCCCUGUUAUAAAACAAUAGUGGCGCCUCUCAUUGUUCAGUUGCCUUUUUCGAUCCACCCUGUCACUUGCUUCCGUGAUGGGCAGCCGGGAGCCAGCGCACUGGAGUUUCUCUUUCUCUCUCUCGCAUGUGGUCCAACCCACGUGCCGUUCCAGUGGCAAGUACAGUCUGGCCUGGAAUCUGAAGGAACGUGACGGGAAGGCGUCGGUUUACGGCUACCGUCAAGCGAAAGCGAAUCCUCAGCAGCAACUCCAAGUUGACUCAUGGCCGCGUGGCAAGACCUGUUCUGGACUCGGUUUGCGAAGGACGCCGGUGCGCAGACUCAACACAUGCUUAGGGCGGGAGCAAAACAGCUCCCACCACCCGAAAAAGUGUGUUGUUGUUGAGACAGUGUGGUGUAGUGGUUAAGAGCGGUAGUCUCGUAAUCUGGGGAACCGGGUUCGCGUCUCCGCUCCUCCACAUGCAGCUGCUGGGUGACCUUGGUCCAGUCACACUUCUCUGAAGUCUCUCAGCCCCACUCACCCCACAGAGCGUUUGUUGUGGGGGAGGAAGGGAAAGGAGAAUGUUAGCCGCUUUGAGACUCCUGAAGGGGAGUGAAAGGCGGGAUAUCAAAUCCAAACUCUUCUUCUUCUUUUGAAAGAACUGGACGUACCCACACAAAAUCAAAGCAGUCAAAAUCAGGGCUUUGUUAGGCUUCCUUAUCCACUCCCCCAUUUUCCUGCUCUUCUUUUAUUCUUUACCCCCUCCUAGGCACACAGGGAUCUGCUUUAGAUUGUUAACAGAGGAAUCUGAGGGCUCCCUUGGACAAAAAACAAGGACACCAGCUAGGAAUACCAGAGCAAAACAGCAGCCAGUAGGCUUGGUCUUGAUUGAAGACUGUCACGACAGGACUCCCACCUGCCACCAGGUGGAACAAGAUGGAAGCCCCAAACAAAAGAGCCCCCAAACUUUUAUUAGCUGCUAAUCCCCAUGUUACACCCCCCCCAAACUACAUCACUCAUACAUCACAGUUACAUCAUGAAAGGGGAGGUCUGGUGGCAGUAAUCUGAGCAUCCUGGACCCUGCCCCAUGGUUCCCCUUGCCCUCCACCAAACACCCAUCAAGUGAAGCAAAAGACAUAUUUACAUUUCCCUGUUUCCCAGCCAAGAUCAUCAUACCCGUUCAUCUUCAUGUGGGUUUGUUAUUUCUGGAAUGGCUACCUGUCUGGCACUCAGGUAUCAGGAUGCCAGGGAUUAUCACUCAGGCAGAGGGGCUGCUGAGGAGCUGAGCUCACAUGUCUAUAUGAAUUUCUGAAGUUUUCCCAGUGAGCCAGUACAUAGAUGCAUUUAUCAGUGAAUUCUUACAUUUGGUAUUGAGGCCCUUUGAAUAGAUAGGAAGAAACUGUGAUGAAAUGUUUUGUGGGGACAAAUCACAAAAGUGAUUGUGCUGGUUUUGGUAGUGGGCUGCAUGUGCAUGAUAUCUGCUGGAGGGGCAACCCCCCCCCCAACCUAUACAUAAAUCCUUGCAACAAUAUGCAGUCAGGUCAUUGGUCCAUUUAACUCAGUACUGUCUACACGGACUGGCAGCAGCUUCCCAAGACCUCAAACAGGAAGCUCUCUCAGCCUUGCCAGGAAGAUCACAGAAUUGUAGGAAGGGACCCCGAGGGUUAUCUAGUCCAACCCUCUGCAAUGCAGGAAUCUUUUUGCCCAGUGUGGGGCUCGAACCCACAGCCCCAAGAUGAAGAGUCUUGUGCUCUACCGACUGAGCUCUUCCGCAGGCCAGAGGACCGAACUGCUGCAUGCCAGGCCCUGAGAGAUGUCUCCUCCCCAAUAGUUUUGAGAUAAGCUUUGUGCCUUAAGUUUUUAUUUUCUCAGAUGUUAAAAGUGUCCUGUUUCCGGACUGUUCCAGUAAAUCAAUGGGAUGUUUGGGUUCAUGUUGACCCCAAAACCAUUCCAAGCUGGCGGCUGACAGGAUUUCCACUGCCCAACAGUGGAAAACAGUACAAAACUUUAACAGUUCCGUGUGGUAUAAGAACUUGUAGGCCUUUGUGAACCCUGAGCAUUUUUAUUCAAUGUGGCAGGACUGUAAUCUCUUACGUUUUAGAUUUGGACAUGCAAGAAUUUAUCCCUGUGUUGCCUAGAGAAACAUGGGUGCCAUGAUUUAGGAUUCGGGUGCCAUAACUCUUAGAAUCCUAGAAUUGUUGGAAGGGACCCUGGGGUCAUCUAGUCCAACCCCCUGUGACACAGGAAUCUCAACAUGAAACGCCCUCCCCAAUUCAGUUUGAAGCCCUGCUUCGCUUUGCAAAUGCUCUAGCAAUUUAUGAUUACAUCAUUAUAUGCCCUGCCUGGUAUUGCCGACGCUGUGUAGAUCUUUUAUUACUGUUUAUUUGUUUUGGUUAUGCAAGACUCCGUUUAAUAAAGGGAUUAAAGAGUGUGUCACCCUAAGCGUUCUGCGUUGUGUGGAAGCAGCGUAAGCAGCGGGGAGCUGGCUGCACGUUCCUUGCUUUGGAGAAAACCUAUACGGAGGUUCCAUUUUCAUAGCUUUCCACCCAAAAGAUUCUAGCCCUCAGGGCGUCUUAUGCUGUGGGCACACAAGUUAUUUAGUUGCAAUUCCUGCAUCGCAGGAGCUUGGACCCGAUGACCCUCCACCCCCAUCGUUCAGCCCGGACGCUGAGAUCCAGCUCCGAGGGCCUUCUGGCGGUUCUAUCCCUGCGAGAAGUGAGGUUACAGGGAACCAGGCAGAGGGCCUUCUCGGUGGUGGCACCCUCCCUGUGGAACGCCCUCCCAUCAGAUGUCAAGGAACUAAACAACUACCUGACUUUUAGAAGACAUCUGAAGGCAGCCCUGUUUAGUUUUUAAUGUUCGAUGUUUUAUCGUGUUCUUAAUAUUCUGUUGGGAUACUAUAGUUGUUAUUGUUGUUUGUUAUUUAUUAUUAUUAUCCUGUUCUCACAGUGGCCAACCAAUUUGCAGUUGCAAUCAGCCUGUUAUUUGCAAUCGCAGCCUGUCCGUUAGUGCUGCAACUUGGCGUUUGGUGUGAGUUUUGCAAUCACAUUUUGCGGCAGAAUCCAUCCCAAGUUUGGACCAGAACUGAAAUAAUUCUUCCUUCCUUCCUUCCUUCCUUCCUUCCUUCCUUCCUUUCUUUCUUCUUCUUCUCUUCCCUUCCUCCCUUCCUUCCUCCCUCAACAGGUGGAGGAGCACGAAGUCUUUUGUGACCACGACCUGGGCCCGAUCCUGCUGAUCCACCUGCACAAGGACCCUUACUCCUUCUUCCCCGAGAACAGCUGGUACUGCAAUGCUGUUGAGGUGACAUCUCCGCACGGUGAGGUCUAUCGCUUCCCCUGUUACCAGUGGAUAGAGGGUUACUGCACCAAGUCCUUCAGAGAAGGAGCCGGUGAGUAUUCCUCACUCCCCGCCCCCCUGCCCUGAAUAUCCUGGCACUUGCUGGAGAGGCAAGGUCCCAUCCCAUAAUGACAUCAAUGAUUCAUCCUGAAAUGAGGUUUGAAAUUCAGAAUGAGACUUUGUAUGUUUGCUUGCUUGCUUUCUUUUUCCAGACAGCCCCCCCCCCGAAAAAAACCCUCAUUUUAAUCAGAUGUACCGUAUUUUUCGCUCUAUAAGACGCACCAGACCACAAGACGCACCUAGUUUUUGGAGGAGGAAAACAAGAAAAAAAAUAUUCUGAAUCUCAGAAGCCAGAACAGCAAGAGGGAUCGCUGUGCAGUGAAAGCAGCAAUCCCUCUUACUGUUCUGGCUUCUGGGAUAGCUGCGCAGCCUGCAUUCGCUCCAUAAGACGCACACACAUUUCCCCUUACUUUUUAGGAGGGAAAAAGUGAGUCUUAUAGAGCAAAAAAUACGGUAUUUAUUUCAUUUUUACCUCCCGUUGAGGACCUCAUAGCAGGUUGCAUGGGUGUGAUUGACAAGGCCAGCUCAGCUGUUUGUUGCCAUCCCAUUAGACUCUUCCUGCAUUCGUUUAUGGCUUUUGUUGGGUAGGUGAGGGAAUAUAUUAACUACAUUUGAUCCCUCUUCAGACCCAUGUGCGUGGGUUGAGACAGAGGAAAAAUGCGUCCGCAAGCCUUUUUCAAAGGACAGGCCUUUUUGCAGACUCUUUCACAAGAGAAAGCCCUAUCAGCAGAGUCUAAAUCUCAUUUUAAGCAGUUUAAUUGAAAGCCUAGAGAUUGGCCGUUAGGCUGAUCUCCCCCUUUUGUUUCCCUGUUUAUCAAAGAAACAGGCUACAGACUGGAAACUAAGUUUAUAAAAUAUAUAGUUGACUCACAGUCAAGGAUUUGUCCUUAGCAGCAACAGCAGUAAAAAGUAACGCAGUUAAAAUACUUGUAUUUACGGUGAAAACAGCCUCAGGCAUGUUUGUGAUGCUUUGAGCAGAAGUCCACUAUCAUGGCUGGUUGGAGAGAGAGAAAUCAGCUGUACCUCGGAAGUCAAAUAGAAUCCAUUCUGGAAGUCUGUUUGACUUCCGAAACAUUUGACUUCCAAAGUGCAGCUUCUGAUCGGCUGCAGGAAGUUCCUGCAGCCAAUCGGAAGCCGCAGAAGCUCCAUCGGAUGUUCGGCUUCCGAAAGAACGUUUGAAAACUGGAACACUCGCUUCCAGUUUUUGAUCGUUCAGGAGCCGAAAUGUUCGACUCCCAAGGCGUUUGGGAGCCAGGGUACGACUGUACGUCUCUGCUUCUUCCCUCCCAGGAGAGGAGGGGAAAUGACAUCACACAGAGCCUUCUCUGCCAAUUACAUUUCUAUGGUCUGAGUCGGCAGCAGUACAGCUCUAUGGUCUUAACCCUUUCACACGCUAACUAGCAAGAACGUGCAUUGUUAGAUUUGACUGCCUAUCUCCCACAUCCGUAAGGAUGUGUAAAAAGUGGAGAAAUGUGAAAAAUUGGGGAAAGCCAGGGAAAGUGUAAAAACCACUUGACCUUUUUCUUCCUUUUGUGUGCAGCCAAAACUCCAGCGGAUGACACUCAUUAUCUCCAGCGGAGGCACCGCCGUGAGGAACUGGUGCGGAGUCAUACAAAAUAUGGGUGAGUAGAGAACAAAUGUACAGAGAGACUUACCUACCUACCUAGGACGGCCUACCUAGGACCCUCGAACCUACGGGACCGCCUCUCCCAGUAUGCCCCACGGAGAGCCUCAAGGUCCAUAAAUAGCAACACCCUAGAGGUCCCGGGCCCUAAGGAAGUUAGAUUAGCUUCAACCAGAGCCAGGGCCUUUUCAGCACUGGCCCCGACUUGGUGGAACGCUCUGCCUCAUGAGACCAGGGCCCUGCAGGAUCUGAUUUCUUUCCGCAGGGCCUGUAAGACAGAGUUGUUCCUCCUGGCCUUUGGCUUGGAGCCAAUUUGAUCCCCUCCCCCUCUUUCUUUUUCCUUUCUCCUCCUGUGAUGAGGCUGCAUUUUAAUAUUUUAAUGUUUCAAUAUUUUAAUGUUGUAUUUUAAUCUUGUUUUUAAGUUGUAUUCAUUCAACUUGUUUUUAUUAUUGCUUGUUAGCCGCCCUGAGCCCGGCCUUGGCUGGGGAGGGCGGGGUAUAAAUAAAAUUUAUUAUUAUUAUUACCUACCUUCAUUCCUCAACAGGUGGAGGAGCAGCAACGGUUGUUGCUGUUCUUGUUUUGCAGGAGGUAAUCUUCUGCCUUGGGCACUGGCCCUAAUAUGCGAGUAUCUUCAUCAUAUCAUUACACAUGUUAAUUUUGCUAUCAUAGUGUUUGAAAUCUAACUACCCAGAAGUGUCCUUACAUGAUGGAGAACAUGGUCAAACCUGAAGGCCACAUUCACUUCUGGGAAAACUUACGGCAGCCACUUUUUCCUUUCCUUUCUUUCAUAAAAAUUAUACACCUCUUGAUUGUAAAAAAACAAACAAACCUCAAAAUGGCAUACAAAAAGAUAAGGCAAUAAAACCAAGAUUUACAACCCUACUGUAACACAUACAAAAGUUAAAAUACUAAAACAGAUUAAAGUUAUCUGUCGGUAAAGUAAAGGUAAAGGGACCCCUGACCAUUAGGUCCAGUCGUAAUCGACUCUGGGGUUGCGGUGCUCAUCUCGCUUUACUGGCCGAGGGAGCCGGAGUACAGCUUCCGGCAGGACUAAGCCGCUUCUGGCGAACCAGAGCAGCGCACAGAAACACUGUUUACCUUCCCGCCGCAGCGGUACCUAUUUAUCUACUUGCACUGGUGUGCUUUCGAACCGCUAGGUUGGCAGGAGCUGGGACAGAGCAAUGGGAGCUCACCCCAUCGCAGGGAUUCGAACCACCGACCUUCUGAUUGGCAAGCCCUAGGCUCUGGGGUUUAACCCACAGCCUUGUCUAAAUAAGAACAUUUUUAGCAGGCACCGGAAAGAGUAAAGCGAAGGUGCCUGUUUGAUCUCAUGAGUUCCAAAGUGUAGGUGCUACCACAUGAAAGGACCUAGUUCUUACAAAUGCAAAAUCGGGUAUUGUGUGGCACCUGUAGCGGUGCCAGUUCUGCCAAUCACAGUGGUAAGGCAACCUUGUAGGUGCAUGUGGUGGGCAGGACCAGAGGCAAAAGUGGGUGGGGCCACAAAUUAAAAAUGUGCCUUUGUAGAGUAUAUUUGUUGCCACACACACUCCCACAGCCCUCUUUGUCCUUCUCACGGAACGACGAUUCCCAGAGCGGCUUAACAGUAAAUCCCUCUUCCCAGGCAACUCUAGGAAUUGCAGCUCUGUGACGGGAACAGACAGGGGCAUAACUGUCAAACGUCCCUUAUUUGGCGGGACAGUCCCUUAUUCCAGCUCCAUGUCCCGCUGCUGUCCCUUAUUGAUGAUGUCCCUUAAAUAAGCUACUGAAGUUAAUGGGGCCCUUUCUAUGUCCAGCUGUCCUUUGUCAACAACAAAUUGUUGCUGUUUUUUGUGUUGAAUAUAUGCUAUAUGGUAAUUUAUGGACCUAAUAGGUAUCUAAAGCCAUUUGCAUGCAACAAAAUAUGUAUUUUAUCAAAGUAAUUGUUGAUCCCUUACUUUGGCUGCUGAUCCUUUAUUUUCGAGGCUGCUGGUCCCUUAUUUUCAAAUCUGUAAGUUGACAGCUAUGGACAGGGGUCUCCUAACAACUUUCAAGAUCCUUAAGCAGCCACAGUUCCCAGGAUUCCUUGGGGGGAAGCCAUGACAGUGCAAAAUGACAUCCCAGUACUUUGAACGCAGAGUGCAGAUGGGGCCUGACAACAGGCCAAAUCCUGCCUUCCUUCAAACAGCCGUCAUGCCCACCAUCAGGCAAUUCGCUCUGCACUCCUGUUAUAUAUUCAGUGGUCUGUGUUUGCCUAAGCUUGAGUCUGGACUAAGGAAUCUGAGCUCCUGUGUUCUGAUUCGAUACAUGAUAUCCAAUCACAGAACAUUUCAGGAUUUGGGUCUCUGCCAUUGGCCCUUGAACUCUGAGUCGUGAUUCGCAGUUUGGAAGUUUAGACAGCCAAUCACGUUGGGAGUGGGAGUGGCCCAGGCCUUCAGAAAUGUAUAUAAGCAGUUGUUUUGCCUCUGUUUCCCAGUUACAGCGGUACCUCAGGUUACAUACGCUUCAGGUUACAGACGCUUCAGGUUACAGACUCCGCUAACCCAGAAAUAGUGCUUCAGGUUAAGAACUUUGCUUCAGGAUGAGAACAAAAAUCGUGCUCCGGCGGCGCGGUGGUAGCAGGAGGCCCCAUUCGCCAAAGUGGUGCUUCAGGUUAAGAACAGUUUCAGGUUAAGAACAGGACCUCUGGAACAAAUUAAGUACUUCACCUGAGGUACCACUGUACCUGGCAUACAUGCAUUUGAUUAGCCGGAUAAUCUCUGUUUAAAAGCAUGAUGGGCAGGGAGGGCUGAUUCUCAGAACAACUUCACACUCCUGUGCAGUCUCAGCUCCCAGCUUCUCAUCUCUUCUCGUGCUUUGAUCCUUGCUGCAUCUUUGGGCUUUUUCCUGCUCUUCACUCGUUGCUGAGCCUGCACUGGAAUAAAGCCUGGCUACUUGACAUACGAGAAAGGGCACUUGCCAUCAUUCUUGGGCAGGAGACUGGGACAGGCGUAGCUUAAAGCAAGUCGUCCAAAUCCUUUCCUCUACAUCUUUUGCCCUAAUCUGCACCAUCAGACCCACAGGGGACUUGAAACCACAUAACUCUGGACUUAUAUUUAUUAGAACUUCCCAGGCUUUUCUCCUAUGAGCCACAGGAAUGGCAGAGGUGCAAAGCAGAUGGGCGACCUCAAAAGGCAAGACCGUAGGUAGGCCAACUAAGGCCCGGGGGCAGCCCAAUUGCCUUCUCAAUCCGGCCGGAGGAUGGUCUGGGAAUCAGCAUAUUUUUACAUGAUAAUAAUAAUUUAUUAUUUAUACCCUGCCCAUCUGGCUGGGUUUCCCCAGCCACUCUGGGCGGCUUCCAACUGAAUAUUAAAAACAAUACAACAUUAGACAUUAAAAACUUCCCUAAAGAGGGCCACCUUCAGUUGUCUUUUAAAAGUAAAAUAGUUGUUUAUUGCCUUGACAUCUGCUGGGAGGGCGUUCCACAGGGCAGGCGCCACUACCGAGAAGGCCCUCUGCCUGGUUCCCUGUAACCUCACUUCUCGCAGUGAGGGAACCGCCAGAAGGCCCUCGGCGCUGGACCUCAGUGUCCAGGCAUAACGAUGGGGGUGGAGACACUCCUUCAGGUAUACAGGACCUGUACAUGAGUAGAAUGUGUGCUUUUAUUUAAAAUGCAUCUCUGCCUCCCGGCAUUCUGUAGGAAUUUCUCAUUGGCAAACACAGUUCACAGGACUGCCUGGCCAUUGUUCAUUCGUUCUCCCUCUCUCUAUCAAUUUAUCUACACAGGUGGAAGGAAUACAUCCCAGGAACUCCGUAUUGUGCCGAUAUUGAUACGGACAUGACAAUGGAGUACAAUAUCCAGUACUCUUUCCCGAAAGCCACUGCCUUUUUCGGGCGUGGGACCCUCGCGUAAGUCUUGCAUAACCUGCCAGCACUUCUUCUUUCUUUCUUUCUUUCUUUCUUUCUUUCUUUCUUUCUUUCUUUCUUUAACAUCUUUAUUGAAAGUUCAAAAAAUACAUAAUUAUAUGUGCCCUAAACAUGGCGAGACGUAAAUAAAAGAGAGAAAAAGAGAAACCCGUGAAGAAGGGAAAAUAAAGGGGGGGCAGGGAAACUAUAUUUUACAAGGUUGUUAUUGUACUUCACCAGAUCUCAACCUAUUACACUAUUUGUAAGACUGGAUUCCAAAUAUUGUUGUGUUUGUCCAUGGCAAGUCUGCGUUAAAUGCAAGUUGUUCAUAUGUUGCGAGCUUGUAUACGUCUUCAAUCUAAUCGUAGAAGGGAGGCGCAUUUUUAUUUUUCCCAGUUCAUCAGUAUCAGUCUUUUUGCUGUGGUGAAAGCACAGAGAGUCUACUCGUAUUGUCCUUUUGUAAGGUUCCACAUGCUGGGUAUAUACUGUAUUUUUCGCUCUGUUAGACGCACUGGACAAUUGGACGCACCUAGUUUUUAGGGAGGAAAACAAGAAAUAAGAAAGGAACGCAAAGCAUCCUGAGCUAAGAGGGAGCGCUCCUCCAUCUUCGCUCAGGAGGCUUUGCGGGGCUACCCCUGAAGACAGGAGAGCAAGCGGGAUCAGUGCGCACCGAUCCCCCUUGCCCGCCUGGCUUCAGCAAAAGCAAGCCAACUGGCUUUCCUCCCGCAAGAGCCGUGCGCUCUUUAAAGGGAGCGCGGCUCUUGGGGGCUUUUCUGGGGUGGGGGAAGGGACAGAGCCACGCACUCUGUCCCUUCCCUCACCUCCCGCAAAAGCCAGGGGCAGGGAUGGAUCCCGCUUGCUGUCCUGGCUGCUGUCCUGGUUGCGUGUAGCCUCUCCGCCGGGAGAAUCAUAGAAUCAUAGAGUUGGAAGAGACCACAAGGGCCAUCGAGUCCAACCCCCUGCCAAGCAGGAAACACCAUCAGAGCACUCCUGACAUAUGGUUGUCAAGCCUCUGCUUAAAGACCUCCAAAGAAGGAGACUCCACCACACUCCUGGGCAGCAAAUUCCACUGUCGAACAGCUCUUACUGUCAGGAAGUUCUUCCUAAUGUUUAGGUGGAAUCUUCUUUCUUGUAGUUUGGAUCCAUUGCUCCGUGUCCGCUUCUCUGGAGCAGCAGAAAACAACCUUUCUCCCUCCUCUAUGUGACAUCCUUUUAUAUAUUUGAACAUGGCUAUCAUAUCACCCCUUAACCUCCUCUUCUCCAGGCUAAACAUGCCCAGCUCCCUUAGCCGUUCCUCAUAAGGCAUUGAUUCCAGGCCUUUGACCAUUUUGGUUGCCCUCCUCUGGACACGUUCCAGUUUGUCAGUGUCAUUCUUGAACUGUGGUGCCCAGAACUGGACACAGUACUCCAGGUGAGGUCUGACCAGAGCAGAAUACAGUGGCACUAUUACUUCCCUUGAUCUAGAUGCUAUACUCCUAUUGAUGCAGCCCAGAAUUGCAUUGGCUUUUUUAGCUGCCGCGUCACACUGUUGGCUCAUGUCAAGUUUGUGGUCAACCAAGACUCCUAGAUCCUUUUCACAUGUACUGCUCUCAAGCCAGGUGUCCCCCAUCUUGUAUUUGUGCCUCUCAUUUUUUUUGCCCAAGUGCAAUACUUUACAUUUCUCCCUGUUAGAGGCUGUGCACAGGUAAACAAGAAGCCAGAACAGCCAGCGGGAACUCUGUGAUCCCGCUCGCUGUCCUAGCUUCCUCUUUGGCCGUGGGAAAGCCUUCAUCCCCUGCCUGGGAGAGGCUGUGCACGGCUUAGGCUCCCCUAAGAGCCACGCUCCCUUUAAAGAGCGCAUGGAGCUUUUUCUCCUCAGGAAAAGCCCCCAAGAGCAGCACACACGCUCCAUGCGGCUCUUUAAAGGGAGCGCUGACAGAGCUGCAUUCGCUGCAUAAGACGCACACACAUUUCCCCUUACUUUUUAGGAGGGGAAAAGUGUGUCUUAUAGAGUGAAAAAUACGGUAGUUCAAGAGGACAUUUUGCUCUGCAAAUGUACGGUUGUUCCGUACAGUUCUGUUGAUAGUUUUGGUUACCUUCUGCCAAAAGUAUCUGAAGAAGUGUGCAAUGCACACAGAAGCUCAUACCAAUAACAAACUUAGUUGGUCUCUAAGGUGCUACUGGAAGGAAUUUUUUUGUUUCGACUACGGCAGACCAACACGGCUACCUACCUGUAACUAGAACUUCUGCCAAAAAUCUUUCAAUAUAGAACAAUGAAAAAACUUAUGUUUUAGAGAAGCAUUGUCCCUAUUGCAUCUCCAACAGUUAGAUACCACAGAUAGCCCUUUUUUAAAGAAACGUAAUGGGGUCCAGGAUAUUGUAAAUAUUAUUUCUUGUUGUAUGAGCCUGCAAGCACUUCUUAAGCUUGAGAUGACUAUUGCACAGGAAGGUUUUAUCUCCCCUGCUAGUCAAAAAUAUGGAUUCAGUCUUAGGCUGGUUGUUUUGAUUUCUUUAAGGCUCUAAUGCCGCUGUGAGAUACUUGGACCUCCGCUUGGUUGUUGAAAAAGCUGCAUACAAAUAUUACAUAAUAUAACCUAUUCAUUUCGGGAUGUGUGACCCUCCAAGUGUGGUUACACUCCAAACCCUAUCGGCUUUGACCCUUAAGACCCCUGGGGAUUGUUUUCCAACGAGGCAACUUGCAUACCUUCCAACUUUUCCCCAUUCAAAACCGGGACGCUCAUCUUCCGGGACGCAUUCCCAAGCGAGUCAUGUGACUUGUGCCUUGCUCUCACGCUAGAUCACAGCACCCAAAAUGGCUGCCGAGAUCUCGUGAGAAAAAACAGGAUAUCCUGUUUUCCCCCAGGGCACUUGGAAGGUAUAAAGUUGGUGGGCAUCGCUGUUUCUUGUGGCAAUGAGUUCCUUAGUUUAACAAUGCAAGAUGUGAAGAAAGCCUUUCUUUGGUCUGUUCAGCCGCCUCCCUUUGCACAAGACCUUGGACAGCAGCUGCCAGCCAGAGUUGGCAGCACUAUGGUCUGACUCUGCAUACAAGGAAGCUUUGCUCAAGGGCAGAUAAUCCUCCUCCUUUGUAAUGGCAUGCCUCUCCCUUGACAAGUUCUCUUUCUGCAUCUCCUCCUCAGGCUGUUUGAGGCCAAAAUGAAGGGCUUCCUGGACAAACCUUACUCCUGGGAGAAGCUUGAGGACAUCCGCAAGGUCUUCUGGUUCUACCACACCCCUCGAACAGGUCAGUGAUGGCUGAGGAAGCUGCCUCUCUUCAAAGCAAACCCUUUCCGUGAGAGGUCCAGAGCGUGGCAAUAGAGAACGGGCCUUUUCGGUGGUGGCUCCCCAUUUGUGGAAUGCUCUCCCCAGGACGGCUCGCCUGGCACUAUCAUUGAUGAGCUUUAGUAGAGUGACUCGGAAACGACAAUUAAUCCAGAAUGUGGCAGCUGGACUGGUGACUGGAUGUGGCUGCUGGCACCACAUACAACACCGGUCCUAAGAGAUCUAUAUUGGCUCCCAGUACGUUUCCGAGCACAAUUCAGUGUGUUGGGGCUGACCUUGAAAGCCCUAAAUGGCCUUGGCCCAGUAUACCUGAAGGAGCGCCUCCACCCCUAUCGUUCAGCCCCCUAAGGUCCAACUCCGAGGGCCUUCUGGCGGUUCCCUCCCUGCGAGAAGUGAGGUUACAGGGAACCAGGCAGAGGGCCUUCUCGGUGGUGGCACCCGCCCUGUGGAACGUCCUCCCAUCAGAUGUCAAGGAGAUAAACAAUUAUACAACCUUCCAUAGACAUCUGAAGGCAGCCCUGUUUAGGGAAGUUUCUAUUGUCAGAUGUUUUUCUGUGUUUUUGUCUUCUGUUGGAAACCGUCCAGAAUGAGCAGCUUGUCGUUAUUAUUAUUAUUAUUAUUAUUGGCAAAAGCGCUUCUUUUCCAGCAGGCUUUCAAUGAUCUAUGUCUCUCCUUCUUCCCUUCUCCAGAGUAUGUGUUCAAGCACUGGAAAGAUGACGAUUUCUUCGGCUACCAGUAUCUGAAUGGAAUCAACCCUGUGUUGAUCCGGAAAUGCACCAAGAUCCCGGAAAAUUUCCCUGUGACCCAGGAGAUGGUGGCUGGGCCUUUGGGAGAACACACUACCCUCAAGGAAGAGUUGGAGGUUGUUCAUUGCUCUCCUUCUCAUUGGCUGUAUCUCAAAGCCACAUUCGUGUGUGUGUGUGUGUGUGUGUGUGUGUGUCCUUCUCGAUACAUUGUUGUUGUUUAGUCGUUUAGUCGUGUCCAACUCUUCAUGACCCCCUGGACCAGAGCACACCGGGCCCUCCUGUCUUCCACUGCCUCCCGCAGUUUGGUCAGACUCAUGCUGGCAGCUUUGAGAACACUGUCCAACCAUCUCGUCCUUUGUCAUCCCCUUCUCCUUGUGCCCUCCAUCUUUCCCAACAUCAGGGUCUUUUCUAGGGAGUCUUCUCUUCUCAUGAGGUGGCCAAAGCAUUGGAGCCUCAGCUUCAGGAUCUGUCCUUCCAGUGACCCCUCAGGGCUGAUUUCCUUCAGAAUGGAGAGGUUUGAUCUUCUUGCAGUCCAUGGGACUCUCAAGAGUCUCCUCCAGCACCAGAAUUCAAAAGCAUCAAUUCUUCGGCGAUCAGCCUUCUUGAUGGUCCAGCUCUCACUAUGCAUAUAUAUGUCUAAAAUAUCCAUAGCCCACCUCUCUAGUAAUAGUAUCCAAGGCAGUUAACCAAAAUAGCUCUAAAGAACCAAAAAUGCUGCCUUCAUCAGAGGAGUAUUGAAAUAUACUCAGAGUUGAGAGUGGAUUUCAUGCUCUUUAUUCAGCUCAUAGUGGUGAGGAGGAAUGGAAGUUUCCCCAGAAUGUCUGCAUUAUAUACAUUAUUCACACAAUGAGCCCCACCUGAUUGGCUAAUUCCGGGAUUCACCUGUAGGUCAAUCAGGUUGUGGAUUCACUUCCACCUGAAGCUGGAUUGGGUGGCUCCUGUGGACCAAUCAAACUGCUGCAUUCUGGACCCUGUUGUUCUAGGGCCAAUCAGACUGCUGUUUCUGAAUCCUAUUGUUCUAGGGCCAAUCAGACUGCUGCAUUCUGAAUCCUAUUGUUCUAGGGCCAAUCAGACUGCUGCAUUCUGAAUCCUAUUGUUCUAGGGCCAAUCAGAAUGCUGCAUUCUGAAUCCUAUUGUUCUAGGACCAAUCAGACUGCUGCAUUCUGGACCCUAUUGUUCUAGGACCAAUCAGACUGCUGCAUUCUGAAUCCUGUUGUUCUAGGACCAAUUAGACUGCUGCAUUUUGGAUCCUAUUCAACUCAGUACAUAACAAGUAUGAUGGCAACUUUAGUCCAAAAUGCUGGGCUGGGCUGACAUCAGAUGGGAUUCAAACUUUCCUCCCUUCUCCAACCCGCUCCAACUCUGUUUUUCAGAAAGGAACCAUCUACCUAGCAGAUUACAAGUUGCUGGAGGGUAUUCCUACCAUCCUGGUGAACGGCAAAGAGCAAUACAUUGCUGCCCCUCUGUGUUUGCUGCACCAAAAGCCUUCUGGAGAAGUCAUUCCUAUAGCCAUCCAGGUAACAAUUUAAAAAAGAAACAAAAAACAGGGAAAAAUUCAGCAGAAGGAUUCCAAACAAGCUAGGAGGUUCCCCUCACUUAAGGGAAGUCAAAAAGAUAUUCCAUGAGAUUGUUUUGAUGAAUGAAUGACCACAAACUUGACAUGAGCCAACAGUGUGAAGCAGCAGCUAAAAAAGCCAAUGCAAUUCUGGGCUGCAUCAAUAGGAGUAUAGCAUCUAGAUCAAGGGAAGUAAUAGUGCCACUGUAUUCUGCUCUGGUCAGACCUCACCUGGAGUACUGUGUCCAGUUCUGGGCACCACAGUUCAAGAAGGACACUGACAAACUGGAACGUGUCCAGAGGAGGGCAACCAAAAUGGUUAAAGGCCUGGAAACGAUGCCUUAUGAGGAACGGCUAAGGGAGCUGGGCAUGUUUAGCCUGGAGAAGAGGAGGUUAAGGGGUGAUAUGAUAGCCAUGUUCAAAUAUAUAAAAGGAUGUCACAUAGAGGAGGGAGAAAGGUUGUUUUCUGCUGCUCCAGAGAAGCGGACACGGAGCAAUGGAUCCGAACUACAAGAAAGAAGAUUCCACCUAAACAUUAGGAAGAACUUCCUGACAGUGAGAGCUGUUCGACAGUGGAAUUUGCUGCCCAGGAGUGUGGUGGAGUCUCCUUCUUUGGAGGUCUUUAAGCAGAGGCUUGACAACCAUAUGUCAGGAGUGCUCUGAUGGUGUUUCCUGCUUGGCAGGGGGUUGGACUCGAUGGCCCUUGUGGUCUCUUCCAACUCUAUGAUUCUAUGAUUCUAAUAUAUGGCAAAAUAUUGCUCCAAAAAAGAUACGCUAAUAUGCCCAGAUUAAAAUGUGAAGUACUGGGUGGAAGAAAAAUUAGUAAGGAAAGAUAAUAAGAAUAUACAGAUGGUUUGAGAAGAUUGUAGAAUGCAAAGAUUAUUGUAUAGUGUGGAGGAAAUCGAGUGGGGGCGGAGGGAAGUGGGAGGAAGGAGAAAAGAAUAAUAUGAUGGAUUGAGGAAAUAUAAAUGUAAAUAUAUGGGGGGAUGGGGAGGAAAUGGAGUUGGUUUUGGAACAUCUGUAUUGUAAUGUGAUAUGUGAAAACCAAUAGAUAGAUAGAUCCGCAAGGUCUGAGGGACAGUGGACUGGCCCCCUGCCGAAAAAGCUUACAGACCCCUGUUCUAGACAGUCUGAAAACACCUUCCUUUGCCGUUGCAUCUUUUAUUCCAUUGUGAUUCCCUCUUCCAGUUAAGCCAGCGCCCAGGUCCCCUAAGUCCCAUUUUCUUGCCCACCGACGAAGAGUGGAUCUGGACCUUAGCCAAGACCUGGGUGCGAAACUCCGAAUUCCACAUCCACGAGGUGAACACCCACCUGCUCCGUGGACACCUGAUGGCGGAAGUCUUUGCGGUGUCGACACUGAGGCAGCUGCCCAUGUGCCACCCCAUAUACAAGGUGAGAGAGCCCAGAGGGGGUUCAGUUUGGGGCAUUUAGCGGUAAGUACAGGGAGGGAUAUAGGGACGCAGGUGGCGCUGUGGGUUAAGCCACAGAGCCUAGGGGCUUGCCGAUCAGAAGGUUGGCGGUUCGAAUCCCCGUGACGGGGUGAGCGCCUGUUGCUCGGUCCCUGCUCCUGCCAACCUAGCAGUUCGAAAGCACACCAGUGCAAGUAGAUAAAUAGGUACCGCUCUGGUGGGAAGGUAAACUGUGUUUCCGUGCGCUGCUCUGGUUCGCCAGAAGCGGCUUAGUCAUGCUGGCCACCUGACCCGGAAGCUGUACGCCGGCUCCCUCGGCCAGUAAAGCAAGAUGAGCGCCGCAACCCCAGAGUCGGUCACACCGGACCUAAUGGCCAGGGGUCCCUUUACCUUUAUGGGGAGGGAUGUUUUCGGCAUCCUCUUUUAUCUUUUGAAGGAAACAAACCGCGUCUGGGGGAAAAGGCUGCCUCUCUCAGAGGAGGCAGCGAUGCCACCAGACUGGAUGGCUUUGAAAGAAAACUUUGCCCCCUCUUAUAAAAAAAUAAUAAUAACUUGUGGGUAUCUCGUGAAGCUGAAAGUUAGAAGAUUGGGGACAUGUAAAAGGAAGUCCUGCUUGAUGCAGUGAAUAUUUUUUUUUUCUAAGAUAUUUAUUGAAAUUUUCAAAGUGUUACCAAAUAAAAUAAAAACAGUAGAAAAUACAAAAUAAAAAUAAUUAACAAAGUAGAAAAAGAAAAAAACAAACCCCUUCCAACCGUAUGAAUACAAAUUCAAAAAUAAGAAAAAGUGACAAAAAGAAAAAAAAUACAAAAAUACAUCACACACAAUUAAAAAACAUUUAAAAACAAAUUCAUUAUUCUCAUAUCCUCAACUGUGAUUGCCUUCUUUCUUUGACCUCCUCCUCCUCCCUUUCUUUGUAUCCUAGUUAUUAAUUAUCCCAGCAAAUCCUUUCCAUAUUUCAUAAUAUUCUGUCAUUACAUUACCCUAAACUGUUUUAAUCUUAUCUUUCUAUAAUAAAAUAAACCUUAAAGCUUAAAACUUAAAUCUUGUCCUUACCAACUUCUCAUAACCAUAAUAUUCUUUCAUAAUUCUUUAAACAUCUUUACUAAAGCCAAGUAAUUUCAUUCCAACAUUUUUCUAACAUUCAUCAAUUUUAUAAAACAGUUCUAAUGGUAGAAAAAAGAAAUACAAACAAAUCCAAUCUUCAUCCAACGUCCCUUCCUCCUGGUUCCGGGUUUUGUCAGUCCUUAUUAUCCCGUCAAUCUAGCCCAUUAACCUGGCAGCCUUAUAUCCGAGGCCCUCAAGUCUCUUCCAUGUCCCUUCCGCAGCUCUUCUUCAUAUUUGUAACUGUAUUUUCCCUUGUCUCCUGCUCGUGGUAACUCCAGCUUGGCAAUAUUUUUAACCCUUCUCGACAGAUCAGCCCCUUUUCCAUAUUCAACACUGAAUUCCAUAUGGUAUUUAAAAGCAUGUUUCAAAGACCCUCCGAAAUUAAGAGCCCCCACAAUCCCAAACAUCUCAUGGCCCAUUGUCAGAUUUGAAAAGUCCAAACAUCCCAGCAUAGGGGGGUCAAUCCAGCCCCCCAUUUCCAAGCCAAACCAAACUUUUUCUUUCCAAAUCUGGCUUUUCCCAAGUUCAUUUGUCAAAUCCGAAAACUCAUAUUCCUGUUGGGCCUGUUCUGUCAGGACACACUCCUGAUUUAAUUCCUGAGUGGGCUCCACAUAUUUUCCCACUGUCUGUUCAAAAUUUCCCACUGCCUGUUCAAAAUUUCUAGUCGAAGUCGCCAUCCAAUUCACCUUUUCAUGUAAUUGUUCCAGUAGGGCAUUUGUUUUAUAGAAAGCACACAACAAAGCUUCUGAAUACAUUGUCCUGCAAGGUCAAAUGCCUGUUCCCACGAUUGUUAUCUGUAACAGCUGCCGGCUCCCUGGAGUUGGUUACAGUUACACAGUCUCCCUCUAGGGGGAAAACUUCUAUUUGUUCUUGCAACAAAGUUUCCCUUUUUGAGAUACUUUGUCAAUAUUUGUUGCUUAAAGAUGCGAAGGGAAGCAGUGGAAUCGCUAUGUUUCUCUUCUUUUAGCUAUCUGUCAAAAUGCUUGUCUCUGGUCAAUGAACUUCAAACGUCAGUCCUGACACCCCGCUCCAGGAUCAGGACGGAGGAAAGUUACUUUACUUUAAACUCACUUUAAACAGUCCGGAAAAGAUCCCCCUCCUUCUGCUGUCGAAGGGGGGUUCCACAAUUUUAAAUGAUGAAAUCCAAUCCUUUAAAGGAGAUUUUCUAAGCUCUAGUUUACGUUGUCUUUGCUUUAUUCUGUUUACAGAAGAACGGAAGGCUGAUUUCCUGUUUAGACCUUCCCGUUCCGUACCAAAUUAAAAUAGGUUUUUAAAAUCCAAUUCCUUUCUGCUCGCAAGUCCUUAUCUAAUGUCCAGUUGUUCAGAGUCUAAGUACUCACGGGUGCUUAUUUUAGAGUCCAAAUUGUCCCAGGAAAAAGGCAGCGCUCUCCGGCAACGGCUGUGCGGCUUCACUCCACGAAAAUAGCAAUUGACUCACAGCACCGCGCCACUUCCCCUCUUCACUUUGGAGCCCGUUAGUGGGUUCCUUAGCGAGUUGGGGGCGCUAAAGGUGCCCGCCGAGUCCCAUGGUCACAGGCUUCAUCCGCCUGUGAUUUUUAAAAGGGUCCCCGCUUCGCCGUAGCGGAGAAGACCCGUUUCCCGCGGAGCUAGUCCCUCCUGUUCAGAGGGAGUCCGCCAUUGCCGAUGGCGCCACCCUGGAAGUCCGAUGCGGUGAAUAGUUAAACUGUGGAACUUGCUCUUGCAGGAGGUAGUUAAGGCCAACAAUCUAAAAGAUAAAGGUAAAGGGACCCCUGACCAUUAGGUCCAGUCGUGGCCGACUCUGGGGUUGCAGCGCUCAUCUCGCUUUAUUGGCCAAGGGAGCUGGCGUACAGCUUCCGGGUCAUGUGGCCAGCAUGACUAAGCCGCUUCUGGUGAACCAGAGCAGCGCACAGAAACACCGUUUACCUCCCCGCCAGAGCGGUACCUAUUUAUCUACUUGCACUUUGAUGUGCUUUCGAACUGCUAGGUUGACAGGAGCAGGGACCGAGCAACGGGAGCUCACCCCGUCGCGGGGAUUCGAACCACUGACCUUCUGAUUGGCAAGUCCUAGGCUCUGUGGUUUAACCCACGGCGCCACCCGUGUCCCAACAAUCUAGAAGGCUUUAAAAGAGGACCAGGCAAAUUCAUGGAGGGGGAGAGGGCUAUUGUCAGGGAUUGGGCUUGAGAGGGGUGGGGUGGAGGGGCUGCGAAGGGGAGAAUCGGGGAGAACAUGCUAUGACUUCAGUUACAAGACCUUUGUCUCUGUGUACUUUGAGACAUCCCCCCCAACCUUACACAUGUUCCCUUUCCGCCCCCCCCUCCAGCUUUUGAUUCCUCACCUCCGUUAUUCCAUCCAUAUCAAUGUGCUGGCCAGAACCUACCUUAUCAGCCAAGGAGGUACCUUUGACAAGGUAAGUGGGAGACUCGUGGGACGCCCUUGGAGGAAUGCGUGGUGACCCCACCGUGGAAUGCCUUCCGCUCUGACCCAGCUCUUCAGGCCCAAGGACACAUGGUGAUCUCUGUUCUUCCACAUCCUACCCAUUUGACCGCAGGGUGAUUCGCAGCUGACUUGGGGAGUCUUUUCUGGGGGUGCCUCUCUGUUUUGCAGGGCUCUGAGCGCAGUCUUCUGUUUUGGAAGUGCCCUGCUUUUGAAGGCUGCCCAGUUUGGUUUAAGGAUGCAGAACCCAAAGGAGGAGAUUCAGUGCGGAGAUUUAAGGUUUCCUCCCAAGGGAGCAGGUUGAGCUACAGGCCUCCCUGCCAGAUUUAAAUGCAUUGGGGAUAGAUCCCAGGUUAGUCUUACUCAGAAGCCGAUAGAUGUAGCUAACUUAAGCCUGUUCGUUUCAAUGGAUGUGCUCUGAGUACAAGUUAACAGGGUACAACCCAAUUUAAAUUAUAGCAAUUAUUUCCUCUCUCUUUUUUGUAAAGUACCGUAUUUUUCGCUCCAUAGGGCGCACCGGACUAUAGGGCGCACCUAGUUUUUAGGGGGGAAAAUAAAGAGGAAAAAAAUAUCCCGCUGGCUGUCUUGGCUUCCUCUUUAGCCGCGUGCAACCUCUUCAGCCGGGAGAGGCUGCGCGCGGCUUUGGCAGAAGCCAAGAUAGCGAGCGGGAUGGAUCCCGCUCGCUGUCUUGGCUUCGUUUUUAGCCGCGGGGCUGCGGCGGGGGAAGCGGCAGCAAGGUCUGGGAGCGGCAGCAAGGUUGCGCGCAGCCUUGCCGCCGCUCCCGGAGCUUGCGGAUAGCUGCCUGAAGCCCAGGGAGCGCAGCGGGAGUUGGCGCUGCGCUCCCCGGGCUUCAGGCUGCAGGCUGCUAUCCGCAAGCCUUCAGAGUACGAGGGAACUCCUGCUGCGCUCCGAAGGCUUGCAGAUAGCUGCCUGAAGCCUGGAGACCGAGAGGGGGCGGCGUGGAGGGAGCGCUCCCUUUGCGCUUCGGAGGCUUCCCCUUGCUAUCGCUGAAGCCAAGGAGCCUGCAUUCGCUCCAUAGGUCACACACACAUUUCCCCCUUCGUUUUUGGAGGGGGAAAAGUACGUCCUAUAGAGCGAAAUUUUUUUAGUUUUUAUUUGGUUUUUUAAAAAUAUAAACUUAUAACAAAAUCAAUUAAAAAUCCGUAUAAAGAGAUUACUCUGAAUCUCACGACUCCCCCCCCCCCAUCCCCUCCAUGGGUCCUAAUAUCAAUCAGUCCAUAAUACACAAUUUUUUAUCCAUCUAAAUUGUCCAUAGUUUUUGUUACAUUUGUUGUCGUUGCUUAGUCGUGUCCGACUCUUUGUGACCCCAUGGACCAGAGCACGCCAGGCACUCCUGUCUUCCACUGCCUCCUGCAGUUACAUUACAAGUGUGAUUAAAAUCCUGCUAAUGUUUUAAUCUGUUUGCAAUGGUCUCCUGAAUAAAUUAUUUUUAAAAUCCCCUUCUUUUUUAAAGUUCUUGUCCUCUUGGUUCCCGAGAUUCCCAGUUAAUUUUGCCAUUUCAGCGUAAUCCAUCAACUUGGUCUGCCAUUCUUCCCUGGUCGAGAUUGUUUCUUCCUUCCAUCUCUGGGCAAAUAACAUCCGUGCGGCUGUUGUCACAUACGUGAACAGUCUUUUCUGGUCCUUUGGGAUCUCGGUACCUAUAAUUCCUAAUAAGAAAGCUUCUGUUUUGUUUUUUUAAGCAAAUGUUAUUUUAAACAUUUCUUUCAUUUCAUUAUAUAUCAUCUCCCAGAAAGUUUUUUUUUUUGUUUUAAUGAUAUUUAUUAGGGUUUCAAAAAAAGGUUACAUAGAUAAGAAAAAGAAAAAUAGAGAAAAGAAAAGAAAAAUACAAAAUACAAAAAAAAACAAUUAAAAACAAUUCCAUCUUUUCAUCACUUAUCUUUCAUUUACUUGUUUCCCGGACCUCCUCAUGCCACCCUUUUUUGUAUUCCAGUUCAAUUUAUUAGUUCAGCAAUUCCUUUCCCUCCUUAUUUUAUCCUGAUCUUUAAUCUUAAUAUAUUAUAGCAUUAAGUUUUGACCUAUUGAAAAUCCAAUUUUUCCAUAUUCUUUUGAAAGUUUUUGUUACCUGACACCUCCACCACAUAUGACAACAAGCACCUAAAUUAUAGCAAUUGUUUCCAAGUCUAUACUUGUAGAUCAGCACUGGCAAGUGUUAGAUUAUACACGGGGCUGCCUCUGAAGACAGUUUGGAAACUUCAGCUGGGGCAGAAUUCGAUGUGCCUCAUUUUGGAGUGUGCUGAGUGGUCUUCUCCCCUCCCCACCCGCUUUCUGCCGCAGGCCAUAGCGACCGGGCGCAGAGGGUUAGCUGUGCUUCUUAAAAAGUCCCUGGACAACCUGACCUACACGGAUCUGUGCCUCCCUGAGGAUAUUGAGGCCCGAGGAGUCGGCUCGCUUGCCGAUUACUACUACAGGGACGACGGGCUGAAGAUAUGGGAUGCCAUCGAGAGGUAAGAGAAACAGGAUUCGCUGGGUGCUUUCAGUGGAAUGGCUGGAGUCUUCUUCAAACAUCAGCCCCAUGCCCACCAGUUCCUCGCACGGCACGCCUGAUCUCAAACUCUGCUCCCAGUUUCCAGAGUGGUUUGCUGCCAUGUAUGGGGUGGGGAGAGCUGCUACUCAAGAGCAAGGCAUCAAAGCACAUGUAGUGCACAGACACGAAUCCUGGGGAUGGUAAUUCCCACCAAGACCGUAUAACAGCAGUCCUGAAAGACCUACAUUGGCUCCCAGUACAUUUCCGAGCACAAUUCAAAGUGUUGGUGCUGACCUUGAAAGCCCUAAACGGCCUCGGCCCAGUAUACCUGAAAGAGCGUCUCCACCCCCAUCAUUCAGCCCGGACACCGAGGUCCAGCUCCAAGGGCCUUCUGGCAGUUCCCUCCCUGUGAGAAGUGAGGUUACAGGGAACCAGGCAGAGGGCCUUCUUGGUGGUGGCGCCCACCCUGUGGAACGCUCAGAUGUCAGGAAAUAAACUUUUUAGAAGUCAUCUGAAGGCAGCCACGUUUAGGGAAGUUUUGUAUGUUUGAUGUUUUAAUAUUUUGUUGGGAGCCGCCCAGAGUGGCUGGGAAAAUUGUUGUUGCUGUUGUUAUUGUUCACGCCUCACAGAGCUACAAUUCUCAGCACCCUUAAGCUCCCAGGAUUAUUUGUGGGAUCCCGUGAACUUUAAAUGUGCUUUAAAUGUGUGGUGUGCGCACAGCCUGCCUGGGGAGCCGGCCUAACUUCUCAUUUUCCCUACAGCUUUGUCUCUGGCAUCGUGGAACUGUACUACAAAAGCAACUUGUCUGUCCAGAGAGAUUACGAGCUUCAGGCCUGGAUCUGCGACAUCUUCACAAAGGGCUUUCUGUCCAAGCGGUCAUCAGGUACUCCGCCAAACCCAUUUCCUGCUGCUUCCCUGUUCUGCUCGCUGUUUUCCUUCCUUCGGGACUUGUUUAGACAGCCCGUCACACUUUGGGAAGCCUAUAAAAAGUAUCCGCUUCCCCACAGGCCCCUUAACUUGGUGGAGGAACACGAAAUGUAACGCCGCCAUGCGGCUAACAAUACCUCUGGUGUGCAGCCAGCUGCGAUGCACUAUUUCAUGGUAUCAUAGAAUUGUUGAGUUGGAAGGGACACCCAGGGUCAUCUAGUCCAACCCGCAGGAAUGUGCAUUUAACAUGAACAUCUGUUUUAUUAUGCUCUUCAGCUAUGUCUGAGCCCCAACGCAAGUCACAGUGUGAAAACGCACGAAGGAAGCUGCAGUUAGAUUGGGGGUACUUGAAGGGUGUUGCCAUAAAAAAAUUAAGGUCUUAUAUAUAAUAAAUGUUCAUAAAUGUUCCAAGCAAACACAUACAUAAAUAUAUAAACCACAUGUCUGAAGCAGCACAGGAAGACAGUCCUGAAACCAUUUUGACUCCCCAACUGACCAAAUGAUUUCUCUGCAAGGUCAAGGAAAAUGGAAAAGCCUCCCCACUGUUUUUUCAUUCACAAAUCCUGACUUAAGGGUAUGUCUGUGUAUGAAUAGGGUGAGCCUGUGACCUGGCUCAGGAACUAAGUAUUUGUCAUUACAAAAGACUGGCCAGGCUCCCCAGGGUAUCCAACCAAGUAAGCAUUAACAGGUAACCUGCCAGACAGGAGAUAAACAACACACUCAGAUUUCUGUUGUAGACCACCUUUUCUGUGAUGUAGGGAUGAUGUUUCUGGGGGUGGUCUUGGACUCCAAGGCUGGCAAUUUAAAAUGUCUAUAUAAGGGCGGGCACACCUGGGUUCGGAAUCCUCCUCCUUUCCUGUGUGCGAGGGGAUCACCCUGUUGCAACAGAUCAAUAAAGAUCAGGCUUACAAACUGCUUUGCUUCUCAAUAUUCUCUGGUCGGCCUCUGUUAUUUUCUCCGACUGAUGGAGAACCUACAAAUGACAUUAUAAGGGCUCUUGUGUCCCCCAUAAGGGAAUAAGGGCAGAAUUUUGUUUAAUACAGUGUGUAACAGCAGAGUCUCCAGACCCCCAGCAGUUGAAGUUGUAGAUCAGGUUCCUAGGCCCUUUCCUCCAGUUGAUGGGGGCAGGAGGAGAAGCUGAGGGACUUGGAGUGACGAGAUUUUUGUUUGGGGGGGGGCAGCCAAAUGUUUUGUUGUUUUUAAAGGAAAUCAAAGUUGUUGAGCUUUCCCCCUUGGAUGGAAGCCAGGGAGCCCAACACUAGAUGGCGCCAGAGACAAAAGCAGGCGGAUUCUAGUUUUGUCUCUGUCCUUUUCCCUACUGAAGUUCUAUAACGCCAACAGUGCUGGAGUGGUCUGGGGUCACGAGGAAAGGGAGGAAGCCCCGAUCCUAUUUCUGCUUUAGGGUCCCUGUCUCCAGCCAACCUGAAUAAAAUAUUGGGGGUGGGGGGUGGGCAGGCAAGCAUCACCCCAUAUAAUUGAUCACAAGAUCUCUCUCGCUCUCUUUCCCUCUCAAACACACACACACACACACACACACACACACACAAACAAACACCUCCCAUUUGUGUGUUUUUUAUAAUAAUUUUUACUGCGUUUUCAAUUUUAUCAUAAUCACAGUUUCCGUACAUAAUUCAAUAAACUCAAACAUUGCUCUAACCAAGCACCGACCUCCUCCCACCCCUCUUUCUGACUUCCAUACAUAAUUACGAUAUUCUUAGCAUUUCUAUCACCACUUUUUUUUAACCUUCUCUCUUACUUUUGUAUUUCCCCUCAUUACAUGUAAAUCCUUAUAUUCUCAUUACAAAACAUUUCAACUCAAACCUACAAACGUUUUCAGAUGUUUACAAUGUUCUUUCAUAUAGAACAUAAAUUUGCUCCAGUCCUUUUGAAACAGUUUGUCACGCUGAUUCCGGAUCUUCCCCGUUCAGCUUUGCUAACUCUGCCACACACACACCCCAUUUGAAUGGCAACGGCCAUCAACUUUGGGGCCGCCCGACCUCUGUUUAUAAACCUCCAACGAAGGAGGGAACCCUCCUUCUGGGGGGGGUCCGCCCCACUGUCAAAAUCCAACAUGCAUUGUAAAGCGCCGGUCUUCAACUGGUGGGUCAGGACCUGCAAGUGAGUUGCUGGGGGUUGCAAGAGGAGCACAACUCCCCUGCAGAAAUAUGGUACAAGAUUAAGGAACGGGUCCCAAGAACAAAAAGUUAUGGAAAAAUGGGAUAGAUAUAUGUUCAAAAAUAUAGUAAAGGUUUGCUGUCUAUGCUAGCGUUCGAUCGGCGUUGGAGAGAAAUUGAGUUGAGAAACGAGAUCAAGGGUACAUAUUGAUAUAGGAAUGCAUUAGAUAAAAUGUAAAGAAAUAUACAAUAAUAAGAGUACAUUCAUUUGAGAGAAAAAAGAAUAUACGAGAUUGACAGGAAGUCCAUAGUGUUGGUACAAAUAUUAUUUUGAAAUAGCUUUAUGUCUUUGUUUUUUCUUUUUUCUUUCUUUAGGUACAUAAAUUCGACAUACCAUAUUUUUCGCUCUAUAAGACGCACCCGACCAUAAGAUGCACCUAGUUUUAGAGGAGGAGAACAAGGAAAAAAAUAUUCUCUCCCUCUCUGCGCAGUGCCUCUCCAGCGAAGCAAAGUCACAACAGCAAGAGAGAUCGCUGUGCAGCGAAAGCACCGAUCCCUCUUGCUCUCCUGGCUUCUGGGAUAGCUGCGCAGCCUGCAUUCGCUCCAUAAGACGCACACACAUUUCCCCUUACUUUUUAGGAGGGGGAAAGUGCGUCUUUAUAGAGCAAAAAAUACGGUAUCAACUUUGUAUACAUGUUGGAAAUUAUACGAUAACAUGCCCUGUAAUGGAAUAUGAUAAUGUAUACAUAUGUGACAUAAGAACAUUAAUAAAAAAAGGAAAAAAAGGAACUGGGACCCAAGAUGCAUGGUUGGGUUAAAUCCCAGACUGGUGGGUUUGAGCAAAAGAUGGCCGCAGCUCGGACUCGCUGGCUCUCACGGUCCCCUUCCAACACUACAACUCUAUGAUUCUCUGUUUGGUUGAAGAUGCCUGUUGUAAAGGACUUGUCCUCUCGCUUCCCUGCAGGCAUCCCUUCCUCCAUCCGCUCUGUUCCGGAACUCAUCAAGUUUCUGACCAUGGCGAUCUUCACGUGCUCAGCCCAUCACGCAGCCGUAAACAGUGGGCAGGUAAGUGAUUCUGCCCUCCUUCCUUGCCUGAGGACGGAGUAUCUGUGUCAGGGAUGUCUGAAGGCGCUGAUUCCCAUUCUGAAACACGCUCGUCUCUUUUUUUGGUUUCACAAGUUCAUUCACACAAAUAAAACUCUUAGAAAUAUUAGAAUUGAACACGAGAUUCUUCCGAAACUUUGGACUUCCCUCCGCGGGUUCUUUAAAUAACUUUGUUGUUUAGUCAUGUCCGACUCUUAGUGACCCCAUGGGCCAGAGCACGCCAGGCACUCCUGUCUUCCACUGCCUCCCGCAGUUUGGUCAGACUCAUGCUGGUAGCUUCGAGAACACUGUCCCACCAUCUCGUCCUCUGUCGUCCCCUUCUCCUUGUGCCCUCCAUUUUUCCCAACACCAGGGUCUUUUCCAGGGAGUCUUAUCUUCUCAUGAGGUGGCCAAAGAUCUGGAGCCUCAGCUUCAGGAUCUGUCCUGCCAGUGAGCACUGAUUUCCUUCAGAAUUGAGAGGUUGGAUCUUCUUGCAGUCCAUGGGACUCUCAAGAGUCUCCUCCAGCACCAGAAUUCAAAAGCAUCAAUUCUUCAGCAAUCGGCCUUCUUUAUGGUCCAGCUCUCACUUCCAUACAUCACUACUGGGAAUACCAUGGCUUUAACUAUACGGACCUUUGUUGGCAAAGAUAAAUAACUUUAUCAACUGCAUAUUAUAAGUUGAUCCAAAUUACAACCCUCCAUUCUAUCCAAAGUCUUUGUGUCAUUGCAAGUUAUUUAAAGCCCACCAGAGAGUUCAUGUGUUUAUAGUGUUCUUUUAAGUACAUUCUAUGUUUGCCCCAUUCUGUACUGAAGUUCUAUCUUCCUGAUUUCUGAUUUUCCCGGUCAGUCUUCCCAUCUCUGCAUUUUCCAAUGAUUUCAUCUGCCAGUCCUCCCUCGUAGCUAUCUUCUCAUCUUUCCAGCUCCGAAAUGUGCUUGUCACAGCGGUGCUUCUGUUCCACUGCAGUUCGACUUUUGCAAAAUGCAAAAAAAUAAUAAUAAUUGUCUGGCUGCCUGCCUGCCUGCCAAAAAAGAUCCUUACUGAUCUUUGGGGAUAGUAAAACGAAACAACAACCGAAAGGAGUGUUAUGUUCUUCUGCUUUUAAAUCAAUAGAUAUGUGCUAAGUUUGCAGACUCUGUUUAACUUUCUUCUGUCCUCCCCUGGGCUGCAGUUUGAAAUGGGUGCCUUCAUGCCCAACUUGCCAUCGUCCAUGAGGAAACCGCCGCCGGAUGUUAAAGCCCCAGUGACGCUUAAGGAGUACCUGGACAUCAUCCCCGAGAUGAACACCACCAGCCAAGUCCUCGCCGUCAUCUGGGUCUUGCGGAACGAGGAUUUUGACAUGGUAAGAAUGUCCAGAAUGCGGCAGCCAGACUGGUGACUGGGAGUGGCCACCGGGACCACAUAACACCGGUCCUGAGAGAUCUGCAUUGGCUCCCAGUACGUUUCCGAGCACAAUUCAAAGUGUUGGUGCUGAGCUUGAAAGCCCUAAACGGCCUCAAAGGCCCAGUAGACCUGAAGGAGAGUCUCCACCCCCAUCGUUCAGCCCGGACACUGAGGUCCAGCUCCGAGGGCCUUCUGGCAGUUCCCUCAUUGCGAGAAGUGAGGUUACAGGGAACCAGACAGAGGGCCUUCUUGGUAGUGGCGCCCGCCCUGUGGAACGCCCUCCCUUCAGAUGUCAAAGAGAUAAACAACUACCUGACAUUCAGAAGACAUCUUAAGGCAGCCCUGUUCAGGGAAGUUUUUAAUGUGUGACAUUUUAGUGUAUUUUUGGUCUCUGUGGAAGCCGCCCAGAGUGGCUGGGGAAACCCAGCCAGAUGGGCGGGGUACAAAUAAUAAAUUAGUAGUAGUAGUAGUAGUAGUAGUAAGAAAGGAGGACCUGGGAGAGACCUGGGUCCAUAUCCCCACUCAGCCACAAAGUUACUGGUUGACUCUGCUGCCUCUCAGCCUAAGCCACCAGGUCAGCAAUAAACCACAUGACACCAGUGAAGUGAGCUCACUCAAAGCUCAGGAGCCCAGGCCUAGUGAGCCCAGCAACUCUUUGCCCCAAUGAGGCAGUUGCAAGGACUGAAGGUCUGCUCCUUCCCACAGCUCCCUAAGUCCCAAGAAACCUGAGACUGCUUCCCUUUGUCUGUCUCUGCUCCACCCUCUUCAUCCACACCUUUUAUUUUGACAAAGUAAUAAUCAUAAAUAAAUAAGAAUAAAAAUAUGCGCAUCCCGCCACCGAGACCAUUGUAACUAUCCAACCUCCCAAAAUUUCAACACCUCUUGCGAUGGUUUGACCCCUUUCCGUUUUAACAGUACAAAUUCUGCGAACAUAAUAGUAAUAAUAAUAAUAAUAAUUUAUUUAUACCUCGCCCAUCUGGCUGGGUUUCCCCAGCCACUCUGGGUGGCUUCCAACCGAAUAUUAAAAACAAUACAGCCUCAGACAUUAAAAACUUCCCUAAACAGGGCUGCCUUCAGCUGUCUUUUAAAAAAUAGUUGUUUACCUUCCAUAUCUCCUCAAAAUCAUUUCUCCUGCAUAUUCCCUGUCUUAAUGGCACGUGUUAAUUGAUCAUGAAUGGCUAUAUCCCACACCUCUUUAUACCAUUCAUUCAACGUUCAUUCCCUACUGAAAAAUCUACAACACUUAAAAUAUAAAUCCGGGGACAUUAAAUGAAAUCCGGGGACGGAUUUUGUCCGGGGACAGAUUUGUAAAUCUGGGGACUGUCCCCGGGAAACGGGGACAUCUGGUGUUCUUGUUGUUUAGUCAUUUAGUCAAGAGUCGUGUCCGACUCUUCCUGACCCCCUGGACCAGAGCACGCCAGGCACUCCUGUCUUCCACUGCCUCCCGCAGUUUCGUCAAACUCAUGCUGGUAGCUUCGAGAACACUGUCCCACCAUCUCGCCCUCCGUCUUCCCCUUCUCCUCGUGCCCUCCAUCUUUCCCAACAUCAGGGUCUUUUCCAGGGAGUCUUGUCUUCUCAUGAGGUGGCCAAAGUCUUGGAGCCUCAGCUUCACAAUCUGUCCUGGACGUCUGGUAACAAUAAACUAAACUGACCCUGCAUCUCUCUCUCUGUUCCUGUUUGCAGAAACCUCUGGGGCAAUACGACGACGAGCACUUUGUCGAGGAGGAACCGAAGCAGCUCAUAACGGCUUUUCAAGAGCGCCUGGCGCACAUUUCUGAGGAAAUCAAGAGCAGGAACAAGUCGAUGAAGCUUCCUUAUACCUACCUCUGCCCAGACAACAUAGAGAACAGCACGUGCAUAUAGAAGCCGGGUUUUGCAGCGCAGCGCAUGCCUCCAGACCACACUGACCGUGCUGCGGUGCAGCCUUCCUCAACCCGGCGCCCUCCGGGUGCUUGAUACUACAACUCCCACCAGCCCCCAGUCCAAAACAUCUGGAGGGCGCCCGGUUGGGGUAAGGCUGCUUUUGAGUUUCUCUUUAUGGAGAAACAGAAGCGCAGCCCCACAUCGCUAGAGAUUUCUUUGAGUGCAGCAGGCUAGGGCCUGCGAUUGUAAACACAGGACAGGAAUUCCGCAGCAGGCAGGCUCAGGCUGGCAGCAUGCAACUUGAAGAUUCACAGAACCCUUAAAAAAGAGAUCCACAAAAUAUAAAGUGCCUGUUCUGAUUGGGGCGGCAUCGUCCCUGGAGGAGCAGGGGUGCAGUUUGGGUGUGCUCCUUAGAAUCACAGAAUUGUAGACAGAUGACCUUUGGGACCUUUGACCUUUCUGUGCAGGACGUAUCAUGUUUAAUCCCUAGCGUCUGACUGCUGCCAGCCAGUGUAGGUAAAAGUGAUCUAGCUAGACCAACGGUCUGACUCUGUAGAAGGCAGCAUCCUAUGUUCUCAUGCAACCUCAAGACUGGACUACUGUAAUGCGCUCUGCGUGGGGCUACCCUUUAGGACUAGUCUGGAAAUUGCAGCGGCUGCGCUCUUCCUUGCGGAGGCGAGGCCAGCUGAAGCUUCUCCUGCACGUUACAUUUCCUGUAUCAUUUCACGCCCUUCCUUUCCCUCGUGCCAUAAAGGGAUCAGGGGUUUGGAGAGGGAAGAACCACUUGCAGACAGCCAGGUUGCCACUUGGCAGCGUGAUUCGAACGCAGAGCUGUGUUUUCUUUCCAUUUGGCAGUGGGGGGUGGUGGUUAGAGGUGUUUAGACAAAAAUGCAAGGGGAGGUCAUUAAAACACACACACAAACACACACAAAACAGCAACCCAAACCCAUUUCAGGCUGUGAAAAGAAAAUAUGUCAAUCCAGAUAGCUUUGCGCCCUAGCGGAUUUUUCAAACGAAAAACUCAAUUUUCAAGCGUACAUAGUUUAAACCCGUUGUGGGCUUCGUGUCCCUUUGAUUCCAGUAAGACUUCAAAAUAUUAUUAUUUUUAUUUGUUAAAUAUGUAUAUUGCCCUUCAUCUGAAGACCACAGGGCAGUUCACAACAUAAAAAUCAAAAACAAAAUGAAACAAUAACUCCCCACCCAGUAAGAGCUUGUGGAUGCUGGAUGAACUGCUUUCAGGUCAAGGAACGCAGGUCAAUGAACUGCUUUCAAUUUACUGCUAUCAGGUCAAGGCAUAAAACGCUGCGUAAAAAAAAUAAAAAUUAAAAAUUAUUGCAUUUUGGAAAAUUAUAGAGAAAGAAUAAAUUAAAAAUUACACCUGAAUACACAAAAAGAAAAGAAGAAAAGCAAAAAAAAAGACAAUAAUAAAGAGAAGAAAAAGAAUUAAUGACGUACACAAAAUUGUUCAAAGGAUACAAACCGUAAUUUGAAUAUUCUACACAAAAGGCUCCCAGAAAGAAAUGACAUUCAUAUUUCUUUUCUUCCCUUACAAUCACU